GUGGAAGACAAUUACUUCUUUCCGCCACUGCACAAUAGUUGUAUAAAUCCAUCUAUUUCGUGAUCCCAGAUUCUUCUGAUUUUCCCAAAUCGCAAACUAGAGCGCCACGCAGCCAAAAAUUAGCUUUCUCCUUCACCGACGAAAAUGCCGUACUAUUCCAGGGCAGAUGCCGACGCCGUCGACGACUUCGACGAGUACGAUCCAACGCCAUACGGCGGCGGCUAUGACAUCCACUUGACCUAUGGUCGCCCAAUUCCCCCCAGCGACGACACCAGCUACCCAAUGGGCCAAUCCGCCUCCGACGAGAUCGACUACGAUCGCCCUCACUUCUCGUCCCAGUCGGAGCCCUCUGCCUACGGCGACGAGGCUCUGAACUCCGAGUACAGCAGCUACUCCCGCCCUAAGCCCCGACCUGGUCCCGCUUACGGCUUCCAGCCCGGCGGGGGCAGGCCUGCCGGUGAGUCCGAGCACGGAUCUGGAUACGGUGGGAGGACUGAGAUCGGUGGUGGCGGCGGAUAUGGCGGGAGGACUGAGACCGAGGGCGGUGGAUACGGCGGCGGGAGGACAGAGACUGAAUACGGAUCUGGCGGCGGCGGAUAUGGUGGAAGAACCGAAUCUGAGCACGGAUCGGGUUACGGGCGUAAGCAGGAGUCCGAGUAUGGUGGAUCGGGCUAUGGGCGUAAACAGGAAUCUGAAUAUGGAUCCGAAUACGGCCGGCAGCCGGAACCCGAGUACGGAUCUGGCUAUGGCCGUAAGGAGGAACCCGAAUACGGCCGGCAGCCGGAAUCCGAGUACGGAUCUGGCUAUGGCCGUAAGGAGGAACCCGAAUACGGCCGGCAGCCGGAGCCUGAGUACGGAUCUGGGUAUGGCCGUAAGCAGGAAUCCGGGUACGGUGGCAGGACUGAAUCCGAAUACGGGUCGGGUUAUGGAGGGAGGACCGAGCCCGAGCACGGAUCUGGUUACGGUCGCCAGACUGAAUCAUCAGAGUAUGAAGGCGGUGGUGGGUCUGAAUAUGGAAGGCGAAAGCAGAGCUAUGGAGAGGAAGGUGAAGGUUAUGAGAGGCGCCAGGAGACGACUGAGUAUGGCUCUGGAGGUUACCGCAGACAGGAUAGCUCCGAGAAGCCUGCUUAUGGGAGGCGCCGCAAUGAUGAUGACGAUGAUGAGGAGAAGUCUCGCAGCCAGUAUGGCUAUGGUGGUGGUGAAGAAGAAGGCUAUGGCCGCAAGAAAUAUGGAGAUAAUGACUCUGAGGAGGAUGACGACGAUGAUGAUGAGAAGAAGAAGCAUCGCUAUAAGCAUCAGCACCAUCGCCGCAAUGAUGACGAUGAAUGAUCGAUUCAUCAGCCCCUGUUCGGAGAACACUAUGCCUGCCACUCUUAUCUAUCUACUACUAAAUAACGAAGAGUGUUGAGGAGGCAUGGUUAUUAUCUUGGAUUGUGUGUCAUGGAGUGUUCUGUACUUCUCUUCGUCAUAUCGGAUUGUGCGUGUUGUUUUCUUUUCUUUUCUGAGCUUGUAAACCCUUAUAUCACUCUUAUCAUAUCAAGCUCAUGGGUUGGUCUGCUGCUUCCUACUUUUUCCUUCCAAACGAGUGUCUAAAUAUAUGUAUUAUGAACGGUUUCGUAUGGUCUAUUUUGUGCUUAAAUGCUUAUGAACGGAUCAACUAGUAUUGUGCCAUUUUAUGUGCUGUAACAUUGGAUUUCAACUCAGACAGAAUGGAGCGGGAGUAGAACAAGAAAGCCAGGAUCUUGAA